UUCAUAAGAUUUUUCUCAGUCGAUUAUACAUGUUACGUGUAGCAAUUCAAUUAACUGAAGUUACAGAAGGUUCACGUUGUUGAUUAUCAUCUGAAUUCAAACAGAAUUACAAAACAUAAAUGGAAUCACUUGCUAUAAGGCAUUUGAUUUGUGAUUAUACGACUCAUGGCAUGGUGAUAUCCGUCAGAAACCCUCAAAUUUCUCCGCGUAUCGCUAAAAUUGGGGCUCAGAAUCGAGACAAGAGUUUUGUUCUUCGUUCCAAAAAAUCAAAUUUCCAAGAUUUUCAAGGUUACGCAAAACCUGUUCGUCUUUUACCAGCCCAUGAAGUGAAACCAACCACAGAUUCAUCAUUGGAGAAGCUGAUCACAUCUUUCAAAGAAGACAAACUUGAAUCCUUAUACAAACUCACAAUUCAAACGAGUAAUUACUAUGGAUCAGGUCUCACUAACUCAAAUUCAGGAAUAUUACUUUGUUUAGUAGACGAAAAUGGCGAUUCAAUCUUACAAAGAAUAGCUGCAACUUCAAGUACAGAAUCAAUCGAAAAUGAUGCUUCCGAUAUUCUCCAUUUCACAAGGGGAUCCAUUAAUCAUUUCACAUUUCAAGGACCUACAAUUGGAAAACUCAAAGCUCUCUGGAUUGGCCUUGAAUCAGGUCAAUGGAGGCCAACUGGCACUCGUGUUAUUUGUUGGUCAAAAUCACAACAAAAUAACAAUAAUCCAUACGGGAUUUUCCAAUAUGAUUUCAUAGCUGAUGACAUUCUACUCGGGGGCGAAAACGACAUUUCCAUGGUGGAACUUAGACCUAAUUCAAUCACCAAUCUUUCAGAAGACAAUUUAACCUCAAAUCAAAUCUUCUCCCAACAAUCUUUCUUAUCAAAUGAAGAAUCCAUGAAAGAAUACGCAGAUUUAAAGUUCUCAUUAUUACUCUAUGAUGCACUUCUCAUCAUAUCGGGAACUUCAAUUGCAUCUUUUUGUGGUGGAGGGAAUGCAGCAUUUGCUUUUUUGACAGGUGGAAUUGGUGGGUUUUUGUAUCUUUUGUUGUUACAGAGAUCAGUUGAUGAGCUGGCGUCACCGGUGCUGACUAGGACUGGCGGUCUUGAUGAAAUGUUUGGGCGGUUUAAGGGUCAGGUUUUGACUUUGGUUUUGGCACUUGGGUUUGUGGUUAUUGUGGUUAAGUUAGGUUCGGGUGAUGAGUCGUUGGUUUUGUGUCCUAAAGAUUUGGUGGUUGGGAUGAUGGGGUUUUUGUCAUCCAAAGUGGCGGUGGUAUUGGCGGCGUUUAAGCCUGUUCAGGUGGUGGGGGUGGAAGAGAGGAGAUAGGGUGGUUGAGAAAAUAGUUGGGGUUGUGUGUAUAUAUAUAGAAAACAUAGUGAUAUAUUGUAUAAAGUUAGAGGUUAAUUUAGUAGCAUACUUUUAUUGA